CUCGAUGGCAUAAUCCAUAGGAGGCACAAAGAGCCACUGAUACGAUUAACAAGUUAGACCAACGAAAGUUCAAGUCGGUUAGAGAGCUUACGACUACCGUGGAGAGUCUGAUCCUCGUUCGAAGCAUCAACUACAGUGACCAGUUCCUGUUAACUAUGUUUGUUAGAUGUCUUCCAGAGAACAUCAGGAACUUGUUGGCCAGUGAGGCACGCGUCGAGUACCGUUCAUUUGAGACAUUGUCUAGGAAAGCCUUAGACUUGGAGGCCACUCUAGGCAUUGCUCAACCCUCCCAGAAUGACACGAAGAAGAAGAGGAGUCCUCAGGAGUGGAAAAAGAAGGAGGCGAAGUUGAUGAUGGUUGAGUCCUAUGGGACUCAAACGGAAAUCGAUGAGCUCACUGACCUGAUGGACUACUCAGAGUACGACGGCGAGGAGACCGCUGAGGGUAGCACCCUCGCCGCAGUUGUAAAGGCUAAGGCAGGUGGCCGAGGGAAGGGUCAACCAAAGAGUCAAGGGAAGGCCGCCUCCAACCAGACCAAAGUGGCUGAUUGGGUGAAGGCAGGUCUUUAUCAAGACGUGUGGCGUGACCGCCGAGUGCGUGGCGCUUGUAUCAACAGCGGGGAAUACGGUUACUUGCAGUACAAGUGCCAGAACGCAAAGAAGUCAUUCAUAGUGACCACUGACGCAAGUCAAUACGGCAUUGGCGAAGUGCUGGCUCAACAGGAUGGGAAAAAGUUGAGACCGAUUGAGUACAUGAGUACGAAGAUGCCAUCAAAGAAGUUGGCAAAGUCCACCUACGAAAGGGAGCUCUAUGCUCUAUAUAAAGCACUUAUCCAUUGGAGACACUUCCUAUUGGGAAGGUUCUUCUACUUGAGGACUGAUCAUCAGACCCUCAAAUGGAUCAAGACUCAACCGGCUCUUUCUGACGCACUCAAGCGGUGGAUUGCGGUCAUAGACCAAUAUGACUUCAAGCUUGAGUAUCUGAAGGGAGAGUACAACAAGGUUGCAGAUGCGCUAUCACGUAGAGCAGUCUACCUAGGUGCGCUAGUUUCUGACUUUGGCGUAUCUGAUGAAGUAACUCAAUCAUUGGUGGGAGCCUAUCAGGAAGACCCUGUCACAAUGGACAUCAUGCGCAAACUUCAAGCUAAAGACAAGGCCACAGAAAGUGAGUUUGUGAUGGUGGAUGGGUUACUCUAUCUUGAUAAGGCCGGAAUAAAAAGAUUAGUAGUUCCAUCUAGUGAGCGAUUGCGUAGUUUGUUUUUAGGCGAAUGUCAUGACGCAACUGGGCACUUUGGCUACAAGAAGACGAGUGCUAACCUAGUACAGCGAUUUUGGUGGCCAGGAAUGUUAGAUGACGCAAAGCAGUACGUAGAGACCUGUCAGGUCUAUCAGCGGGACAAGCCGCGAACUCAAGCACUGCUUGGGUUGUUGAAGCCUUUGCCUAUUCCUGCUGGUCCAGGACAGAGUGUUUCCAUGGAUUUCAUGAACACCCUGGUGACUAGUAAGAGUGGCAAGAGGCACAUCUUCGUCAUCAUCGAUCGAUUCACCAAGUACGCUAGACUAGUGGCUAUGCCAAAGACCGCAAGAACUGACUAUGUCAUCAAGUUGUUCAAAGACAACUGGGUGCGUGACUUUGGUUUACCAAAGUCAAUCGUUAGUGACCGAGAUGUCCGAUUCACAAGUGAGCUGUGGAAAAAGACUGCAGAACAGAUGGGCAGUCAACUUCAGAUGACUUCACGGAAACAUCCCGAAGCCAACGGACAAGCCGAGCAAAUGAACAGAGUCGUACAACAGUUGCUGAGGCAUUACAUCAAGCCCAACCAAGAUGAAUGGGAUGAGCAGUUGCCUCUCAUCGCCAGCCUGUACAACAAUGCUGCCCAUAGCACUACCGGCAUUAGUCCUAAUCAGCUACACUUGGGAUGGAAGCCUAGAUCAACAUUAGACUUCCUCCUACCUGAAAACCGACCCGCUGCAACUCCAGGCACACUUGAGUAUGGUAUGCAGUAUGAGAAGUUGUUGCAAGAAGCUGUCCAGCACAUGAAGAAAGCUCAGCAAGCAAUGAUUGCUUCUGAGAAUCAACACCGUAGACAGUCCACAUUUGAAGUAGGGGAACGUGUCUAGGUCAAGGCUAGUAUCUGGACUGAACUUGCAGGACAAUCAAGUCCUCUACAUCUA